AUUGAAACAAAAUUAUAAGAAAAGAAAAAACAAUUAUUAUGUACCAAUCUCCAAAUUAUUUGUUCAGCCAUUCAGAAUAAUUUGUUCACAAUUUAGCGUAAGUCCUCUAAACUCAAAAGGGUGGUUUGAUUAGAAGUGGCGAGGCGAGGAGGAGCGUAAACCGGCGGUUUGUGGUUGUGAGAAAAGAAGCAGACGAAUCGAGAAAUAGAAGAAUGGUUGAGUCCGUUCAAAUAAAUGACUUGGAACUCACCUUAAAGCCUUUCUAUCGCAGAGCUUCUGAAGCUGAGGAACGCUUAUCUAGACUUGAAGCUGCCAUCAAUAAUAAAAAGGAUACUGGGAAUGAGGAACAGUUGAAAAUGGUUAAUGAUCUUCAGUCAAAGUUAGAAGCUGCAAACGCUGAGUUACUUUUACAAAGACGAGAGGCUCAGGUGCUUGCUGCAGAAAACGAAAAACUUCAAUACCGUAUAAUACAUCUUCUGCGAUCACUCAAGAAUGCUGAUUUGAAAUUAGAGCAAGUUAAAGCGCUGGAACAGCUGGAGAGCUUGAAAUUGCAAGAUUCUUAAAACGAUGAACUUAAAUAGGCUAUUUGUUGUUUGUAUUGCUCUCUUUUUGUUUGUCAAAUCGAAUUCUGUAUUUUUGAUGAUGCUAAAUAUGUCUGACUUUGCUGGUUUUAUAACUUAAGAAAUCAGAUUUUUGUUUGCCUCUUA